CCUUAUCUUGCAUCAAGCCAACAACGGACAACCAAACGACUGACGACUGACGACUGAACGAGCCUAUCAGAGUCAAACAGUCAAAAAUUCAAGCGCAACAGGCAACGGCAUCUGUCGAUAACCUGGAUGCAAAAGCUUGGGGUUUUCAGCUUGGAACAAAGGGGUUGAGCAGUCGUUUGGCAACUUGGAAAAGCACUCUUUCCUUCUUUCUUCGUUUUAUCCCCUACAACCAUGGGUGUUCUUCAGGACCUCGCGGGACCUUCGUCCCAGUAUUUCGAGAGUUUGGGCACUGCUUCGCAAGUCGGGAUUGUUCUUCUGACGGUCCUGUUCCUGUCCGUUGCGCUCAAUGUCGCGUUGCAGUUUUUCUCCCGCAAUCCCAAUGAGCCUCCUCUUGUCUUCCACUGGUUCCCCUUCAUCGGUAGCACUAUCACCUACGGCAUGGACCCUCCCACCUUCUUCACAGAGAACCGGGAAAAGUAUGGUGAUGUUUUCACCUUUAUCCUCCUCGGCAAGAAAACCACUGUUUACGUCGGUCCCAAUGGCAACGAUUUCAUCCUCAACGGCAAGCUGCGCGAUGUUAGCGCCGAAGAUAUCUAUACCGUCCUGACCACUCCUGUCUUUGGCAAGGAUGUCGUUUACGAUUGCCCUAACUCCAAGCUGAUGGAACAGAAGAAGUUCAUGAAGAUCGCUCUGACUACUGAGGCUUUCCGUUCCUACGUCCCCAUCAUCUCUCACGAGGUUACGAGCUACUUCAAGACGAACAAGGACUUCAAGGGCAAGUCGGGCAUCGUUAAUAUCUCUGCCAAGAUGGCUGAAAUUACCAUCUUCACCGCAUCCCACGCCCUCCAGGGCUCGGAUAUUCGGGGCAAAUUCGACGAGUCGCUAGCUGCCCUUUACCACGAUCUCGACAUGGGCUUCUCCCCCAUCAACUUCAUGCUCCACUGGGCGCCUCUGCCCUGGAACCGGAGGCGCGACCACGCCCAGCGCACUGUCGCCCAGAUCUACAUGAACACCAUCAAGGAGCGCCGUGCGCAGGGUAAUACCGCCGGCCUGGACAUGCUUACCCAUCUCAUGAACUCAUCUUACAAGGACGGCACCAAGGUCCCCGACCACGAAGUCGCCCACAUGAUGAUUGCACUCCUCAUGGCUGGCCAGCAUUCGUCCUCCUCUACCAGCUCCUGGAUCAUGCUCCGUCUCGCCCAGAACCCCGCCAUAAUGGAAGAGCUGUACCAGGAGCAGAUCCGUGCUCUGGGCUCCGACUUGCCUCCCCUGAAGUACGAGGACCUCGCCAAGCUCCCCCUCAACCAGGCCAUCGUCAAGGAGACUCUCCGCCUCCAUGCGCCCAUCCACUCCAUCAUGCGCGCCGUCAAGCAGCCCAUGCCCGUGCCCAACACCAAGUAUGUCAUUCCGACCUCGCAUGUGCUCCUCGCUGCGCCGGGCGUCUCCGCUUCCGACCCCGGCUACUUCCCCAACCCGGACAUCUGGGACCCCCACCGAUGGGAUCCCAGCUCCCCCAACGCGCCUACCAUCAACCGCAGCGACGUCGAGGACGAGAAGAUCGACUACGGCUACGGUCUGGUCAGCAAGGGCUCCGCUUCUCCCUACCUGCCUUUCGGCGCUGGCCGCCACCGCUGCAUCGGCGAGCACUUCGCGAACGUGCAGCUGCAGACCAUCACCGCCGAGGUUGUGCGCCUCUUCAAGUUCCGCAACCCCGAUGGCAGCGACAAGCUCAUUGGCACGGACUACGCUUCUCUCUUCUCGCGGCCGUUGGAGCCGGCCAAUAUCUACUGGGAGAGGCGCCAGUGAUCAAUUUUGAUCAAGUAAUCAUGUGUAAUGGCACAGGCGGGGUGGUAUGUGUAUGUUAAAACGCAUGGCGUGCAGG